UGACAGCACAGCUGAGCUCUACUAUUAUUUAAUCGCACAGCGUUUCGUUGUAUUUCACAAAAACUUCAAUAAAACAACACAGUACAAAAUGGCUAAAAGCCCCGAAACCGUUUCUCUGGACCAACUGGACAAGGAUCAAAUGAAAACGUUUUCAGAUUUCCUAAUGUCCUACAACAAACUUUCCGAAAUGUGCUUUACGGACUGUGUACGCGAUUUCACAUCACGCGAUGUCAAAGACUCUGAGGAGAAAUGCUCGCUGAAUUGCAUGGAAAAGUACCUGAAGAUGAACCAGCGUGUAUCGCAGCGCUUCCAGGAAUUCCAAAUGAUUGCCAACGAGAAUGCUUUAGCCAUGGCCCAGAAGACCAAUAAGCUGUAGAGCACACAGUUCGAGUUACUAAGUAGUUUAGUUAACAAUACAAAUUCACACCGAUAGCGAAGCUGAGCUAAAUAAAAAUGCAUUUUUGUUGCA